AUGAAGUCAUUCUUGGUGAGCCAAGUUCUUCUAAGAAUUCUUGUACGGGUGGUCAAGGUGAUGUUCAAGCAAAAAUGGCAGCCUCUGGAAAGGAUGUAUGCCGUAGCCAGUGAGUCCGCUGAAGUUCGGCCGAUAUCGCCUGUUGUUAAUAUGUUAGGACUAGACGAAGACGAAGUUGAUUUAGACGACGAUGCAGCAAGUUUUCCGCACAGCGAAACCAAACGAUGGACACAAUUACUGCGAUAG